AUGGAGAGCCCUCAUGAGCACCAGCAGAAUCUGCUUCUGUCGCGUAUCAUCACAAACGUGGAGAAGCUCAAUGAAGCCGUCAUGCUUCUGAAUAAAAACCUCCAAGAAAUCAAUAUCCAAAACAUGAACGUCGAGCUAGUUGCCCAGAUGUUCAAAAAUUACCAGUCCAAUGUCCUCUUUCACUUAGAAGCAACGGACAGUCUUAAGGACCCUUCAUGA